AUGGAUUAUUCAAAUCAUAACAGUCGGAGCCGAGCAGCUGCAUUGGAUAAUGUGGUAACUGCCACUGCUGCAGAUACCGAAACAUCCCCAGUUACUAAUGGUCGACCAGUUCGGUCUACUCGUAACCCAUUGGCAGUUCAACAGAACAAUGGGCGUUUUCCAUCAAAAGAAAAGGAGUUGGAAGCACCUGCACUAGAAACUCGUACAGUAGCAACAACAGAUAGUGAUCUCGAGUCUCCACAAAAACCAGCAAGAACAGCCAUCGCUUCCAAAAAACGGUCAGCAGCAGGAAAAAAGCCUAUACCAACAAAACAGGCCAAAAAGAAUUCUAUUGGCAUAGAGUCUGCAACUGCCGCUGUCGUUUCUUUACAAGCGACAGGAGAUGCUGUUUUGACAGAGACCUUGUAUGAAAUUGUAUUCAAUCACAGACUAGCCCUUGAACCCAUCAUUAUUGAUUGGAUAGAGUCGUAUCAGCAGGACCCAAAUGAAGCCAUGUGUGAUCUGGUGAAUUUCUUGAUUCAGGCUGCAGGAUGUACUAAACCCAUGGUCAACCGUGAAACCAUUGAGGAUUCGGACUUGAUCACAGAUGCACUGCAAGAUAUUCAGCAUCAAUGUAGUCUGCAACUCCAAUCAGAUUACCCAUUGGCACCCAAGGGAAAAGGUCGAUCUUCAAUAAAGUUCCGUAAAACUUUUGAAGAGUUUUGGACUCGAUGGGUGCGACUGGUGAAUAGCAAAAUUGUGACCAAGAAGGGCUCGUUGCUUACAGAACUACUUAGCCAAUGGCUUGCUACAAUGAGUUCGUCUUCCUUUCGUCCUUUCCGUCACACUGCAACCACAGCAGCACUUGUCAUCCUCACUGGUUUGUGUGAUUCAGCUCAAAAUAAUCACACUGAAUUGGCCAUUGCUAAUCGUCAGCUAGAAACCGAGCAGUCCAAGGGUGUCUCCCAGCGUUUAAAACAGACUGAAACGCGAGUUUACGAUCUGCAAGCUAAAAAGUCGAUGCUGGAAAACAGGAUGAAAGAUUUGUAUGAUGGCAUAUUUAUUCAUCGGUAUAGAGAUACAGACUCUGUUAUUCGAUCCGAGUGCAUCCGUGAGCUUGGCCAAUGGAUCCACAAGUAUCCCACUUACUAUCUUGACUCGCAGCAUUUGCGAUAUUUGGGAUGGAUGCUAUCUGAUAAAAUUGGCCAUGUUCGUUUGGAUACUCUGAGUUCAUUGAAUCUGCUUUAUGCGGAAUCAUCUUUGAUUGGUGGUAUGCGCGUGUUUUCCGAGCGAUUUAAAGCACGCAUACUUCAAAUGGCUUCUUGUGACAUUGAUUCUGCAGUACGUCAAAUGGCAGCAGUGACGAUUUCUCUUUUUUUCAAAAACGGCUUUAUUGAAGAUGUCGAUGCAGAAAACGUUGUUGUUUUGUUGAUGGAUUCAGAUAUAAAGAUUCGUAAUGCAGUUGCGCCAUUCGUCGCAGAUUGGUGGCUAGAAAACUAUUACCAGCCUGCCAUGGAUGACGAGGUUACUGUGAGCAAACUUGAUGAGACUCAGCAGACUUGCUUAAAAUUCAAAACAUUGGCUACUGCCAUUGUAAAAAUUGCAGAUCUUGUCAAUGAUCGCAAAACAGCUGUUCAAACUACUCAAGAAAGUACUGAAGCACAGGCAAAUGAUCAGCUGGAAAAUCUUGAGAUUUUGUCUAUUCGCACUUGCGAUUUAGCACCUGCUCACCAGAUGGAUAGCACACUGUUUGAACGAAAUUUUUAUCAACUUUUAAAUUUUAUCAAUCUUCGAGCAGGUAAUAGCGAUCGACACAAUGCUAAUAUUGGGUAUUAUAACGUACAUACUGCAGUUAUGGCUCUUUGGCCCCAUGUUUCAUGUCUCAAGGACUAUAGCAUCAUGUGCAGUUUUUUGCUCUCUGAUACACUAGAUAGUGAAAAUACCAUGGCCAAUAUGAGUGCAAAAAACGAGGAUCCUUUGCGGAUGACCGAGGAUAUAGAGUGCUGCCUGGUUUUAAUAUUUUCAUCGUCUGUGGCAAUAACACUUUCAGAAAUUAAUGCAAAUGCAACAGGAAAGUCUGGUAAACUUGGUGCUGCCACUGCUGAAAAGACAGAUUCCGAAACUCUUCAAAUGAGUCAGAUUCUUAUCGAAAACCUGCCACCUCUUAUCCAAAAAUAUAGCUCUGAGUUAGUCGGAUACGGUCUUGAUUCACUUGUAGAAUGUAUUAUUCUUAUUCGCUCCAUUCCACUGGUUAGCUUUAUAGAUCUGCGCCAAAUCAAGGUAUUUGAAACACUAUUUGAUGAUUUGAUCAAAUUGUUUUUGCGGAGGCACGAAAACGUAUUGGUCAGUGAAAUAUGCACAACAUUCAGCCAUUUUCUUGGAAGUAAGGAUGCUGCUACAUCUAGGGAUGCAAGUAACCCGGAAUUACCAAAUGUUGCACAGUCUGUAUCUCAUCAAAUUGCUGCUAUAAAAACAAACACUUUACUUCCAUUAUCGCUAUGUGUAAUUGCAACGGGGAAACUUCAAGACUUGAUGGGUUUACUUUUUUCUAACCAACUCAACACCUCUGUCAAGCAGCUAUCUCUUGAUCCAAGUUCUGAAACUCUAAUACUACUUUUGAGAUCUAUAAAUCGAUGUCGCGAAUUAUCGUAUGCUGUAGAUGUUUCGAAUACUGAUGUAUUCAAUGCCAGCCAGUUUCUACAAUCUAGUCAUGAUAGUAUUGGCAUCAUGGACAACGUUAUUGAUGCAAUGCUUCAGUUUAUCAAAUCACCACCCAGUAACACGGCCGAUUUUGAUGCUCUUACUUCUGCAAUCAUGCAAAAUGCUCUGGAUAUCUCCAUUGCCGAACUCGGAUUUCUUUUGCAGCGCGCCUUUUGCUCUCAUACUCUAAAAACAAAAAUGACUCGAAAUAAGCCCAGCCCAGAUAAUCAGACUACUCCCGGCACCAAAGGUCUUGAUGAGAAUAAUACUAUGGCUGUGGACGCCAGCAAAUCUGACCAUAAAUCACAAGAUUUGUUAGACAAAGCCGUUAUUACUGAGCUUCAAGCUCGUGCUGACCAACUUGUAACAAUCUGUGAAGCUAUACUUACUGGAGACCAAACUAGUCCAAGUGCUCAUUUUUCAAUUCCCAUGCGCUGGAUUUGUCUGCGAACACUUUGCAUACUCUAUCCAAUGCUUAAUGGUGGUGCUGGUGAUGUUUUUCCAGAGAUUAUUCGUCGACCUACUGGUGUUGUUAUGGCUGAAUCAAUGCAUCUAAUUGAUUACAUUGUUAACCUGUCCUCGUUUAUCAGUAUUGAUACUGAGGAGCUAUCUAGUCAGUCAAAUACAAGUAUACAAGAUGUAUCAAUGCGUGAGGAGCUGCAAAAAAAGAAGCCAUUACCAUCUACCAUUUCAAACACUGCAUCUGCGAUACUUUGUCACGAUCUUUUCAAGACAAUAGCAGGACUACGAAACUUUGUAUGCUACGGCAUGUAUGAUCGUCGUUGUGGCAGUGUUGUGUUAAAAUACUAUGGCAUCGAUCAGAUUGCCAUAAAUUCAUGGAUGCGACAGUUAAUGCAGCAUUCGACUACACAAUCUUUGGAAAAUGUUUCCAAUGUCACAUUGCCUUUGGUAUCUGUGUUUGACGGUGUGAUUAACGGUCUUGGAACGUCCAUUCUUGAAGUUGUUGUACGAUCUGGACUUGAACGAAUGACCGACACGUUCGUACCACAGCUUGCACCAAACUCGGAUGAUAUUCAACAUUCGUUGCAAAACGCAAAAAGUGCUUUAGAAGACUUGUGUGAUUUAAUUUUGGAUUCUAUUACUUCUUCGAUUGAUCUGUACUUGACAACUAAAUGUCCUUCACUCGACCACACUCAAUCUCUUGUUAAAUCUUUAGUUUUGUUUAUUAAAACUUGGCCGACGGCUCUUUCUUCUCAAUCUACUGAAGAUAUUUCCUCUGGUCUUAAACAGUUUCACAAUAUUGUUGUCCAUGCUUUGCUAUCCAUGCUCUGCGAUGCCGGAGUGUGGAUGGCGCGUCGUAUCCAAACCUGGAAACACAUCAAGCAGAUUCAGCAAGGUUCUAAAAUAUCUCUUGACACUUCUACUUCUGAGUUCCCAUCUUUUCAAGCGGAUAUAUCACGUAUGGAUGAGAGUGUAUCCGAGGUUCAGGGAGAUAAACUCAUUGAUGAUAUCAGUGCCCGGCUUGUAGAUGAUGAUCGUGAGUGGCUUUGUGCUGGUUUUGGAAUUGUCUCUGAGUUGAGAAAUAUCAAUGCUGCAUGGCGUGUUUGGGGAUCACUUGGUGGUGCAAUUGCUCAUGUAGUUCAGGGACUUUUUGUGCUGGUACCGCGGAACCCGGUUAAUGCUGAAGGUGGCAUUCAAAAAGAUCAUAUAACAAGCGUGGACAUAGUAUCCGAGUUUAUUUUUGACCAGCUUGCACAAGCUGGUAUCAAACCAGUCGAGGGUGAUACAGAAUGGGCUGAUUUUUGGUAUUUUAUCGACACCUUGGAAAAGGCUAAUGGAACCGUUCGUAAAACUAAAUCUACCCAUACUGCUGAAAACAAGGCAUCUAGUAGGAGUGGUACACCUACUCGUAUCUAUACCCGUAAAUCUAGUGCCAACUCGAGUCCAUCGGAACGAAUGCACACAGGUAGAAAGCAAGCAUCAGUGCUUGGAUCUGGAAAAAAGACACCCAAGCAACGACGCAAGUCAAACUCGGCCUCCAAAGCCAACCAAGACGAUGAUGAAACUGAUGUAGAUUUCCCUCAAUUCCAGAGUGAAGAAACCAUUCCCGUUCGUCGAUCUAACCGGGCGUCACUUGGUAGUUCUUCCGUUUCAGGAAAGCGAAAAACAUAUAAUGAGGAUUCUCAUUCAGAGUCCGAGGAAGAGAAUGCAAUGCCUAGAUCAAAAAAUCAAGUGAAGCAUACUGGUAAAAACAAUGGUAUUGAGGACAUGGACGAAGCCAAUGGCGUGUCCAAGUUACGAUCAUCUAAAAAAGUGAUUGCCAAAUCUUUUGAGAUUGACAACGAUCAAAUCUCUGAUGCUGAAAGUGAUACAACGAUUGGUGGACGUGAUUUGAGGACCAGCCGAUCAAGAAGAAAAAUAAAUACUGACAAGCGGGACAUAAUGGCUAAAACAGGUCCAAAAUCUAUGUUUGCUGCCAAAACCACUGGCGAUGAUGGAUUUGCCAGCUCGCCAGAGCCAGUUUCCCGUAAAAAAGUGCGACGGGGCUGA